ACAAUUCCCUGGCUUCCCUCCCCUUUCAAGAACGAUACCCAGAGCGAAAGGGUCUUCUGGAGCAACAAAUCUCUAUGGCGUCCCAGCAAUAGCAAAAACACAGCUAAAGCGAAAACAUGAUUCCGUGCUCCAGAAUACGCAUUCUCCGUUUCAUUCGCAUAGCCAUCCUCGCAAAUGCCAUCGUCCUCAUCCUUUUGACUUUGUCCACAGAGGCCACAGGAUGUCAGCGCUACAACGGUGGUUCAAACUGUCCCGCACAUGCACCGUGCUGUCAAUUCGGAUGGUGCUCGAAUGCAGCAUCCUUUUGCUCUCUUGCCUUGGGAUGCCAACCCGAGAACUCGUUCGAUAUAAACAGCUGUCUUCCACUCCCUCAGUGUACUUCUUUCUUGGAGAAUUUCGAUAACCCGAGCUCCAUGAUCUCACGCACCAACUUUUCAGGAGACCCCUCGGAGGCGCCAUGGACAUCGGAUUUCUUACCCAGCAACACGCGGAUCGAGAACGGAAACUUAGUUCUGACGCUCGAGCCAGGAAACACUAUCAACAAAUUUGGGAACCGAGCUGGAUUUGGGGCUACAGUGUCUAGUACAAGAUGGAUGCUCUAUGGAACAGUGACAGCGAGGAUCAAGUCUGGAUCACCUAGUGGCGGAGUUAUCUCCUCUUUUAUCUACCGAAACGCGAUGACUGGCGACGAAGUCGAUUACGAAUGGGUUGGCAAGCAGCCAAACGAAGUCCAGAGUAACUUUUACUGGCACACUCCGUCAGACAUGGACCCCAAGGACAUUGACUACUCCCACUCACAUCGCGAGAACGUCGGGGUGGAUCUAUCACAAGAGUAUCAGACCUAUACUAUUGAAUGGCUCCCCGAUCGCCUCACUUGGCUCAUCAACAGUCAAGUCGUCCGCACAAUCCUCCGCUCUGAUGUCAACGGCACCAAAUACCCAUCGAGCCCCAGUCAAAUUCAAUUCAGUAUCUGGGACGGGGGGCUCUCAGAACCAGACACGCGCGUCUGGGCAGGCGGACCCACGAACUGGAGUGAAAAGCGUCCCAAGUACGAGAUGUAUGUGGAUUGGGUUGACAUCAAAUGUUACACACCCAUUGAUCCUGCAACGACACCAUGGCCACCCAAGGAUCAGGGCUUCCAGGAAUUCGUGAACCCCUUGUCGCGGGACCCGACCUCACCAUUGGCCAAGGAAGCGAUUGUGCUAGGGGAAAACGCACCAAGGUUUUCGACAAUGGAGAAUGGUGGGUUGCAUUGGGGAGAGUUCUAUAACGAAGGCAGGAAUCUUUUUGAAGAGAAGUCUGAUAGCGAGAGGAUCCGGCCCUGGACGGCCACAGUUAUGGCUGUCAUCGUGUCCUGUGUCCUUACAUUAGGACUCAUAGUAUGAGUAGCAGAAAUGGUCUCUCACUCUUGCAAAGGGUCCGGAGAGCAUUCACAUAUGUAUAUUAUAUACCCUUCAUAGAUGGAAAAUGUAAUCCACAGGAAAGAUGUUUUUAUGGG